UCGGAUCCUCAACAUAAUGGAAUUUAUGAGGAGUUAUCCUAUUUGUCCAAAUCAACAAAUAAGACCAGGGUUUUCCAUCAUCCAUUCGGCACAAGGAGCAAUGUGGAACAGAAACAUUGAAGAAUUCACUGGAACUUGCAAAUCUCCAUCCUCGAGUGAGACAAUGAAAAGACCACAUUUUUCACCAAGAGAUACUGACUGCAAACCAUCCACGAAAAAGACUUCUUUUAUGAUAAGUGACAUUCUAUCGAACAAGGAAAAGGAUGGGGAAAGUGAUAAUCUGUCUAAGACUGCUUCAAAUGGAGAAAGAGAUGAGGACUUACACUCCCCAGUAUCAGAAACUUGCUGCUCACCAGAUUCUUCUCUAAGAUAUCCAGGCCUAGAGACAAUGUCUAAAAUAAAGAAACCACGAAAAGCCAGAACUGCCUUCACCGACCACCAGCUCAACAGCUUGGAGAAACAGUUUGCCAGACAGAAGUACCUCAGUGUUCAAGACAGAAUGGAACUGGCUACAAAGUUAGGACUAUCUGACACACAAGUCAAGACCUGGUACCAAAAUAGAAGAACAAAAUGGAAGCGACAGACCUCCGUAAGUUUGGAACUCCUGGCUGAAGCAAACCUGGCAAACGCCCACAGAAUGAUGGGACCAUAUUUCGGUGUAUAUUCAGACCAAACGUCUUCAUUUGCCGACCUGUUUCAUAAACAAUCACCAGCUGCUAUAGUGCCGAGGCCUCUUCUUCCAUCAAUGUAUAGCUAUUAGGGGAUGAAACCCUUAUACGGACAUUAUGUGUUUUAUCAUUAUUGUAACUGAAACAUGUUAAUAACAAUUUGAUUUGAAUAUUUAUUAAAGCUA